GGGCGCUACCAAGUUUUAGCCACUUGCCGGACGGGAGCUUGCGAGGAAGUGUCACCGCUGCAGAGAAACAAAUAUUCGUGGAAGUUCAAGAAAACGUAAAAUUGUUCAUUUUACGUUAUAUCCCAUAACAUCGAUCUUGAAGAUUUUGCACUUGUUUCAUCAUGACAAUGGCGCAACCGACUCAACCGACUCAACACUGGUCUCUCAAGGACACAGAGACGCUGAUCAGAUGGCGCAUGGCUCAUGGUUAUUUAUUCUCAGGCUGGAGAAACACGUGCAGAAAUGGCUGGGAGAUGUUCAUACAAGAAACCAAAUCGGAAGUGGAUGGAGGUAUUACUGCUCAAAGGGCAAAGAAGAAAUGGGAAAAUUUGAAAUGCAAGUACACGGUUUUGAAAGCUCUUGCGAAGGACGUCGAAACCGUUAAACCUGACUCCUGGCGAUGGUACAGGCUAAUGGAAAUUGCCGUAGAUGGAGAUCCUAAUGAGAUCGACCCUCCUAAACCAACCUUACUGACCGACAUUGCACCUGAAUCUGAAUGCGAGGCCCAGCCCAGCAAGAAGAUGUACCAGGUCGAAAUGGAGAGCGAUAUUCUUGAAUUACUGACGCAUUCAGUAAUCGAGGUCAAUACUCAAGAAAUCGUGGAAGACGGAGGAACGUUGUCAGAACCUGCAGAACGUAAGCAAACAGUACCGUCCGAAAACAGUCCUCCAGAGCGUCAGGAUGAGCUUCAGAUCGAGAAAGCAAAGGUUAAGAGAGAGAAACUGCUUCUGGAGAAGGAACAAGCAGAUCUGGACCGGGAGCGAAUCCUUCUAGAGAAAGAGAGAACCAUUGCAGAAAGGGAGAAAGCAGCGUUGGAGAGAGACAGAUUGCAGUUGGCAAAGGACCGAGCUGCAAUUGAAAGAGAGAGAGCAUCGUUGGAACAAGAUAGAGCAAGACUGGAGCGCGAUAGAGCGGCUCUUGAAAGGGACAGAGAGACUUUAACUGCCAUGGCUCUUAGGACAAAUGGCACAGGACACAUUCAACCAGACUCUCCUUAUGUGCAAGACAGGAAACGGUUAAUAUUUUUAUUUGAAAAAUUAAUCGAGAGAUUUUGAAGUUGUGAUACCAAGAGAGUUAUUGUGUUGUUGGUUCAGUAGGUACUUACAAUAAUAAAGUACUAAAGUUUAA